AACUACAUCGCGAAACAAGAGAACAACUCACUUUGUCAUUUCAGUGAAACAACACAUAUAUAUCAUGCAAGAAAACAGAGCAGCGAGGUGUAGAAGGGGGUGAAAAGAACACCCAUGAUUUGAUGAGGCGGAGCCACGGAGUGAGAUUCUGAAUGACCUAUGCUCAUUAAAAAAUGAAAAGAAACAAAAAAAAAAAAAAGAAUGAUUAGAUGAGGCAUGUUGAGAUUCUGGAUGGCCCAUGCUGGUUUUUACCUAUAUGGAUUUUGUAGCUCUUCUUCAGCAUGAUAUUUUCUCCACCCACAUGUUCUGUGUUUUCUAUAAUUGGUACAAGAUGGUUUCUACUCUCUGAAGCGGUUCCAUCUUUCUGUUUGUUUCUUCAUUAAUUGCUUCGAAUUCUUGGGUCAUUGAUCUGAUGCUUCUUUUUCUUUUGGGCGGGCUGACUCAGUGCAUUCUACAAUUUUGUGAAGGCAAGAAGAUACAACAUGGGUGAGAGUCUCUGGAUUGUUUUCUGUGGAAAUUCAGUGUGUUUGAGUAAAAUUGGAAAGAUAUGCAGUUCUAGGUUCCUAGCCAUCAUCUGUCCAUGUUCAUGUCUCAAUCAUAUUUUGGUCAUUUCUAUUGACAUCAUCCUCUUGUUCUUCUUAUUAUUUAUCUUCAUAUAUAAAGCUUCAGCUAUGAAGAUCUUAUUCCCUCAACAGUCUCUAUGCUUUUCCACAAUGCUAAAUUCUGCUGCCUUUCUUAAUGGUAGUUUGGGGUUGGUUCAUCUGGGAUUGGGAAUCUGGAUUUUGAGAGAGAAGCUGAGUGAAGAGAACACCAUUCUACCUCUGCAUGGCUGGCUAGCGAUUUUAUUACAAGGCUUCACCUGGUUUUUUCUGGGUUUAGCUGUGAGGUUUAGGAGGCAUCAACUUCUACAUAUUGCAGGGCUGAGGCUCUGUUCAGUACUUGCAUUCUUUAUUGCAGGUUUUCUAUGUGUUACAUCUAUCUGGGAAGCUAUUGUGGGCGAUGCAGUAUCAGUCAAGAUGAUUUUAGAUGUUAUAUCUUUUCCUGGAGCAAUUCUAUUGAUGCUCUCCACUUUUUCAGGACCGAAAUAUGCAGGAACUGAUUCAGAAAUUGAUGGUGCUGGUUUCUAUACACCUUUGCCUGGUGAAGGAGGCAGUGGUGGUGAUAAAAUCAAUUCAGAUGCCAGCUUACCUCCUUUUGAGAAAGCUGGGCUCAUUAGUAGACUGUCAUUUUGGUGGUUGAAUUCGUUGAUGAAGAAGGGUAAGGAGAAAACCCUUGAGGACAAAGACAUUCCUCAGCUAAGAAAGGAAGAUCGAGCGGAAAUGUGCUACUUAAUGUUCAUGGAACAGCAGAACAAGCAGAAAAACAAGCGGUCAUCUGACUCUCCUUCCAUUUUGUCGACAAUAUGCUUGUGGCAGUGGAAACAAAUUUUGAUUUCUGGCAUCUUUGCAUUGAUCAAGGUGCUAACACUUUCUACUGGCCCUCUGUUUCUUAGAGCCUUCAUCCUGGUUGCUGAAGGCAAAGAAGCUUUUAAGUAUGAAGGUUAUGCACUGACAGGAGGGCUCUUCCUUACUAAAUGCUUAGAAUCGCUAUCAGAGAGGCAAUGGUUCUUUCGAACUAGAUUGAUUGGGCUCCAAGUGAGAUCAUUUCUAUCUGCAGCCAUCUAUCAGAAGCAGCUUAAGCUCUCAAAUGCUGCAAAGGGGUCGUAUUCCCCUGGUCAGAUCAUUAACUUUGUUACCAUUGAUGCUUACAAAAUAGGUGAAUACCCGUACUGGUUUCACCAGAUAUGGUCAACAAGCCUCCAGUUAUGUCUGGGGCUUGCAACUAUAGCAGCUCUGUUUGUAGUAAUAUUGACUGUAAUUGCAAACUCUCCUAUGGGAAAGUUACAACACAAGUACCAGAAAACGCUCAUGGGAACUCAGGACAAGAGACUGAAGGCUUUCACAGAGGCACUUACAAACAUGAAAAUUCUGAAGCUGUAUGCUUGGGAGACUCAUUUCAAGAAUGUCAUAGAAGGGUUGAGGAAAGAGGAAUUCAAGUGGUUAUCAUCAGUUCUGUCACAGAGAGGGUACAGUCUGAUUCUGUGGUGGUCCUUUCCCAUUGUAGUAUCGGUGGUUGCUUUCUGGGCAUGCUACUUUCUUGGAACUACUCUCUCUGCUACCAAUGUUUUCACAUUUAUGGCAAGUUUACGCAUUGCCCAGGAGCCAAUUAGGUUAAUCCCUGAUGUCAUUUCAGCAUUCAUUGAGGCCAAGGUUUCAUUAGAUCGGAUUGCAAAGUUUCUUGAUGCACCAGAGCUGCAGAACAAACAUGUAAGGAGGAUGUGUGAUGGGAAGGAGCUGGAGGAAUCCAUUUUUAUCAAGAGCAACAGAAUUUCAUGGGAGGAUAACUCCACAAGGGCUACGCUAAGGAACAUAAAUUUGGUGGUUAAGCCUGGGGAAAAGGUAGCCAUUUGUGGAGAGGUUGGCUCAGGCAAAUCGACACUAUUAGCUGCUAUUCUUGGAGAAGUUCCACACGUUAAUGGCAUAGUUCGAGUUUAUGGAAAGAUUGCUUACGUCUCUCAGACAGCAUGGAUUCCAACAGGUACCAUAAGAGAAAAUAUUCUGUUUGGGUCUGCUAUGGAUCCUUACAGAUACAGAGAGGCUAUUGAGAAGUGUGCCCUAGUGAAGGACCUUGAGAUGCUUCCAUUUGGUGAUCUCACUGAAAUAGGAGAAAGAGGUGUUAAUCUGAGUGGUGGACAGAAGCAGAGGGUUCAACUCGCACGCGCAUUAUAUCAGGAUGCAGAUGUAUAUCUCCUGGAUGAUCCAUUUAGUGCGGUCGAUGCACAUACUGCAACCAGUCUAUUUAAUGAAUAUGUCAUGGGAGCUCUAUCAACGAAGACAGUCAUACUUGUGACCCACCAAGUGGACCUCCUUCCUGCAUUUGAUUCAGUUUUGUUAAUGUCUGAAGGGGAAAUCCUGGAAGCUGCUACCUAUGACCUGCUGAUGCACUCUAGUCAAGAGUUCCAGGACCUUGUUAAUGCACACAAUGCCACAGUUGGUUCUGAGAUGCAACCUGAGCAUGAUUCUACCCAGAAAUCUAAAAUUCCGAAGGGAGAGAUACAGGAGAUUUGCACCGAGAAACAAUUGAGAGACACAUCAGGAGAGCAGUUAAUUAAGAAAGAAGAAAGAGAAACGGGAGACACUGGUCUCAAGCCUUACCUACAAUACUUGAAAUACUGCAAGGGAUUCUUGUACUUCUUUUUGGCAACUCUAUCUCAUGUCAUAUUCAUUGUUGGACAGUUGGUGCAAAACUAUUGGUUGGCUGCAAAUGUCCAGAAUUCUAGUGUUAGCCAAUUGAAACUGAUUGCAGUAUACACAGGGAUCGGAUUAAGCUUAUCACUCUUUUUGUUGCUCCGGUCUUUUUUUGUUCUUUUAGGCCUUGGGGCAUCACAAUCUAUUUUCUCUACACUGCUGAGCUCUCUUUUUCGAGCACCAAUGUCCUUUUAUGACUCAACACCUCUGGGAAGGAUACUCAGUCGGGUAUCUUCCGAUUUGAGUGUGGUUGACCUUGAUGUGGCCUUCAAAUUUACUUUUUCUGUUGGGGCAGCUAUGAAUACUUAUGCCAGUUUUGGAGCAUUGGCUAUUCUUGCCUGGGAACUUGUGUUAGUCAUUUUACCAACAAUUUAUCUAAGUAUACUCAUCCAGAGGUACUACUUUGCUGCUGGAAAAGAGUUGAUGCGAAUCAAUGGCACAACCAAGUCUUUUGUUGCAAGCCAUCUUUCUGAGUCCAUUGCUGGAGCUAUGACAAUUAGAGCUUUCGGGGACGAAGAUAGACACUUUUCAAAGAAUUUGGGCUUCAUUGACAUAAAUGCAAGUCCAUUCUUCUACAGUUUCACAGCAAAUGAGUGGUUGAUCCAACGCCUUGAAAUACUAUGUGCAAUCGUUCUCUCAUCUUCAGCCCUUGCCCUAACUUUGCUUCACACAAGUGCUGCUAAAGCUGGAUUUAUUGGAAUGGCAUUGUCAUAUGGUCUUUCAGUGAAUGCAUUCCUCGUAUUUUCUGUCCAAAGCCAGUGCCUUUUAGCAAAUAUGAUUGUUUCUGUUGAAAGAUUAGAACAGUUCUUGAAUAUUCCUAGCGAAGCCCCUGACGUCAUGGAGAGCAAUCAACCACCACUCAGUUGGCCUGCUAUUGGUGAAGUGGAAAUUUAUGAUUUGAAGGUCAAGUAUCGGCCCAAUGCUCCUCUAGUUCUUCAAGGAAUUAGUUGCAAAUUUGGAGGAGGACAAAAAAUUGGGAUCGUUGGCCGGACUGGUAGUGGAAAGACAACACUUAUCAGCACUUUGUUUCGCUUGGUAGAGCCUACAGAGGGACGGAUAAUUAUAGAUGGCAUAAAUAUUUCCACAAUUGGGGUUCAUGAUCUCAGAUCACGUCUUGGGAUCAUUCCACAAGAACCAACUCUUUUUAGCGGAUCUGUAAGAUACAAUCUUGACCCUUUAUCACUGCAUACUGAUGAGGAAAUAUGGGAGGUUCUGGAAAAAUGUCAACUUCGAGGGGCUGUUCAAGAGAAAGAAGAGGGUCUGGACUCCUUAGUUGUACAAGACGGAUCAAAUUGGAGCAUGGGCCAGCGACAAUUAUUCUGUUUGGGACGUGCUCUACUGAAGAGAAGUCGGAUACUAGUGCUCGAUGAAGCCACAGCAUCCAUUGACAAUGCGACAGACUCCAUUCUCCAGAAGACAAUAAGGACAGAAUUUGCAGACUGCACUGUAAUAACAGUAGCCCACAGAAUCCCAACCGUGAUGGACUGCACAAUGGUGCUUGCUAUCAGCGAUGGAAAAUUGGUAGAGUAUGAUGAGCCAAUGAAGCUGAUAAAGGAGGGAUCGCUGUUUGGCCAGCUUGUCAAGGAGUACUGGUCUCGCUCUUCAAAUGGCAGAAACACCUCCGAAGAUUGUAACUGCAGCUUUGUUAGGGCAAUAAGGCACAACAUGGGUGAGGAUCUCUGGGAUGUUUUCUGUGGAAAUUCUGGGUGUUCGAGAAAAGUUGGAAAGAUAUGUAGUUCUGGAUUUCUAGCAAUCAUCUGUCCAUGCUCAUGUAUCAAUCAUAUUUUCGUCAUUUCUGUUGAUAUCCUGCUCUUGUUCAUAGUGUUACUUAUCUUCACUUAUAAAGCAUCAGCGACAAAGCUUUUACCCUCCCAAAAGUCUAGAUGCUCUACCAAAAUGCCAAAUUCAGCAGCCAUUUUUAACGGUGGUUUGGGUUUAGUUUAUUUGGGUUUUGGUUUCUGGAUGGUGGCAGAGAAGCCAAGUAAUGAGGAUAUUGUUCUACCUCUGUAUCGGUGUUUAAUGGUGUUAUCACAAGGCUUCACAUGGUCUUUGCUGGGUGUAGCUGUGUGGUUUAAAAGGCAUCAACUUGCAGAGAUCACUUUGAUGAGGCUUUGUUCAAUAUUUGCCUUCUUUUUUGCUGGCUUUCUUUGUCUUCAAUCUUUGUGGGAGCCCAUUGUGGAGAAUGCAGAAUUGGUUAAGAUAGUUUUAGAUAUUUUAUCUUUUCCUGGAGCAAUUCUACUGCUGUUCUGCACUUUUUGGACACCAGAAUAUGCAGAAACUAAAGGAGAUACCAAUGGUGCUGCCUUCUAUACACCUUUAUCAUGUGAAGAAGCCUGUGGUGGCAGUAAGAUUAAUUCAGAAGACAACUUAACUCCUUUUGCAAAAGCUGGAUUUCUGAGUAGAAUGUCAUUUUGGUGGUUAAAUUCAUUGCUGAAGAAGGGUAAGAAGAAAACUCUUGAGGAUAGAGACGUUCCACUGUUACGGAGGGAAGAUCGAGCAGAAACGUGUUACUCCAUGUUCUUGGAACAACAGAACAAACAGAAGCAAAAAGAAUCAUCUGAUCCUCCUUCAAUGUUGACAACGAUCUUCUUUUGCUAUUGGAAAGAGAUUUUCAUUACAGGCUUAUUUGCAUUGAUCAAGGUGCUUGCACUGGCUACUGGGCCUUUGUUUGUUAGGGCCUUCAUUAUGGUUGCUGAAGGCAAAGAAGCUUUUAAGUAUGAGGGCUAUGCACUGACAGGAGGACUCUUCCUCACUAAAUGCUUAGAAUCGUUAUUGGAGAGGCAAUGGUUCUUUCGAACUAGACUAAUCGGGCUCCAAGUGAGAUCCUUGCUGUCUGCAGCCAUUUAUCAGAAGCAGCUUCGACUCUCAAACACUGCAAAGGCAUCUCAUUCCUCUGGUGAGAUAAUGAAUUAUGUUACUGUAGACACUUACAGAAUAGGUGAAUUCCCAUACUGGCUUCACCAGGUAUGGUCAACAAGCCUCCAGAUGUGUCUUGCGAUACUUAUUGUUUACUAUUCAGUGGGGCUGGCUACUGUUGUUCCUCUACUUGCAAUAUUAUUGACCGUGCUCGUAAAUUCUCCUUUGGGCAAAUUGCAACUUAAGUAUCAGAUAAAGCUCAUGGCAGCACAGGACAGGAAGCUGAAGGCUUUUACAGAAUCACUUAUAAACAUGAAAAUUCUGAAGCUGUAUGCUUGGGAGACACACUUCAAGAAUGUUAUAGAAGGGUUAAGGAAAGAGGAAUCUCAGUGGCUAUCAGCAGUUCUAAUGAAGAGAGCACAAAAAUUGGUCCUGUUUUGGUCAUGUCCUGUUCUUGGAUCAGCUGCUACUUUCUGGGCAUGUUACUUUCUAGGAAUUCCUCUCACUGCAAGUAGUGCUUUUACAUUUCUGGCAAGUUUACGCAUUGUUCAGGAGCCAAUUAGGUUAAUCCCUGAAGUUGUUUCAGCAUUCAUUGAAGCAAAGGUUUCAUUAACUCGGAUUGUAAAGUUUCUUGAGGCACCUGAGGUGGAUGGCAGACAUGUCAAGAAGAUGUUUGAUGGUAAGGAACUAGAGGAAUCCAUUUUUAUCAAGGCUGACAGAAUUUCAUGGGAUAAUAACUCUACAAGGGCCACAUUAAGGAACAUAAAUUUAGUGGUUAAACAUGGGGAAAAAGUAGCUAUUUGUGGGGAGGUUGGCUCUGGUAAAUCAACGCUUUUAGCUGUUAUUCUUGGAGAAGUUCCACAUGUCGAUGGCAAAGUUCAAGCAUAUGGAAAGAUGGCUUAUGUCUCUCAGGCAGCAUGGAUCCAAACAGGGACUAUACAAGAAAAUAUUCUGUUUGGGUCUGCCAUGGACCCAUACAGAUACAGGGAGGUGAUUGAAAAGUGUUCCCUAGUGAAGGACCUCGAGAUGCUUCCAUUCGGUGACCUCACUGAAAUAGGAGAAAGAGGUGUUAAUCUAAGUGGUGGACAGAAGCAGCGGGUUCAACUUGCACGUGCAUUGUAUCAGGAUGCAGAUGUAUAUCUCCUGGAUGAUCCAUUCAGUGCUGUUGAUGCUCAUACUGCAGCUAGUCUGUUUAAUGAAUAUGUAAUGGGAGCUCUAUCAAGCAAGACAGUCAUACUUGUGACCCACCAAGUAGACUUCCUUCCUGCAUUCGAUUCUGUUUUGCUAAUGUCUGAAGGGGAAAUCCUGCAAGCUGCUACCUAUGACCAGUUGAUGCACUCUAGUCAAGAGUUUUGGGACCUUGUUGAAGCACACAAAGGAACUGCUGGCUCUGAGAGACAACAAGAUCAUGCUUCAUCCCAAAAACCCAAUACUUCCAAGCGAGAGAUCCAGACAAUUUACACCAAAGAAGAGUUUGGAGAAACUUCAGGGGAUCAGUUAAUUAAGAAAGAAGAAAGAGAGACGGGAGACACUGGCUUCAAACCUUAUAUACAGUACUUGAAACAGAGCAAGGGCUUCUUGUACUUCUCAUUGUCUACUAUGUUCCAUCUCAUUUUUACGGUUGGACAGUUGAUACAAUCCUAUUGGUUAGCUGCAGAUAUCCAGAAUCCUAGCGUGAGCAAACCGAAACUGCUUACUGUAUAUACAGUGAUUGGAUUUAGCAUGAUAAUUUUUUUGUUCUUCAGGUCCAUUUUUAUAGUUGUUUUAGGCCUUAGAGCAUCGGAAUCUAUUUUUUCUACACUGCUGAGCUCUCUUUUCCAAGCACCAAUGUUCUUUUAUGACUCUACACCUCUGGGAAGGAUACUCAGUCGGGUAUCUUCUGAUUUGAGUGUGGUUGACCUUGAUUUGGCCUUCAAAUUAACUUUUGCUGUUGGGGCAGCUGUGACUACAUACUCCAGUUUUGGAGUGGUAGCUAUUUUUGCCUGGCAACUCUUGUUUGUCAUUGUACCCACAAUUUAUCUAACGACACUUAUUCAGAGCUACUACUUUGCUUCCGCAAAAGAGUUGAUGCGAAUCAGUGGCACAACUAAGUCUCUCGUUGCUAGCCAUCUUGCUGAGUCUGUUGCUGGAGCUAUGACAAUCAGAGCUUUCAGGGAGGAAGAUAGACUCUUUUCGAAGAAUUUGGACCUCAUUGACACAAAUGCAAGUCCUCUCUUUCAUAAUUUUACUGCAAAUGAAUGGUAUAUCCAACGUCUUGAAAUAAUAUCUGCAAUUGCUCUCUCAUCUGCUGCCCUUGCCCUGACUUUGCUUCCUGAAGGAGCUUCUAAAUCAGGAUUUGUUGGAAUGGCAUUGUCAUACGGUCUUUCAUUGAAUGUAUUCCUUGUAUUUACUGUCCAAAACCAGUGCAGUCUAGCAAAUAUGAUCAUUUCUGUCGAAAGGCUAGAACAGUACAUGCAUAUUCCUAGUGAAGCCCCUGAAGUAAUAGAAUAUAAUCGACCUCCACCCAACUGGCCUGCUAUUGGUGAAGUGGAAAUUUGUGAUUUGAAGGUCAGAUAUCAACCCAACAGUCCUCUAGUUCUUCAGGGAAUUAGUUGCAAAUUUGAAGGAGGGCAGAAAAUUGGGAUUGUUGGCCGGACUGGUAGCGGGAAGACAACUCUUAUCAGCACAUUGUUUCGCUUGGUAGAGCCUACAGAGGGACACAUAAUUAUAGAUGGCCUAAAUAUUUCCACAAUUGGCCUUUAUGACCUCAGAUCACGUCUUGGGAUCAUUCCACAGGAACCAACUCUUUUUAGUGGGUCAGUAAGAUACAAUCUGGACCCUCUGUCAAGGCAUACUGAUCAUGAAAUAUGGGAGGUUCUUGGAAAAUGUCAGCUUCGUGGAGCUGUUGAAGAGAAGGAUGAGGGCCUAGACUCCUUAGGUGAGAAAUAUAUGAUGAAAGGAUUCUAUUCUUUGGACUAAAAAUCCUUGCUAACAACCCGGCUACACUCUACAGUUGUACAAGACGGAUCAAACUGGAGCAUGGGCCAGCGACAAUUAUUCUGUUUGGCGCGUGCUCUACUGAAGAAAAGCCGGAUACUAGUCCUUGAUGAGGCCACUGCAUCCAUUGACAAUGCAACCGACUCCAUUCUCCAGAAGACCAUAAGAACAGAAUUUGCAGAUUGCACCGUAAUAACUGUAGCCCACAGAAUCCCAACUGUGAUGGACUGCACAAUGGUGCUUACCAUCAGUGAUGGAAAAUUGGUAGAGUAUGAUGAGGUGUCAAAGCUGAUAAACAAGGAAGGAUCGCUGUUUGGGCAGCUCGUCCACGAAUACUGGUCUCGGGCUUCGAAUUUUACAGCUUGUGGGGACUAAUUGUAUGCUUUUGACCUGUAAGUUCAUGUAUGGAUAUGUCUUUGAAGCUAUACCCAGUUUGUUGAUUCUGUUUGGGAUCCCAGAAAAAAAUUUCUAAGGUGUUGUAACUUGUAAGAUUCAGUAUCAUCAUAGAAAAUGUCUUCUACUACUGAAACCCUGUGGACAUAAAUUGAGAAAGCAAAUUUGUACAGAAUGUCUUUUCAUUUAGCAAUAAGAUUUGCACAAUUGUA